AUGCACGCCAGCGGCAUGGGCCUCCCGCUCGCCUCGCUCUACGUGGGCGACCUGCAUCCAGACGUGACUGAGGCCAUGCUCUACGAGAAGUUCUCGCCCGCCGGUCCCAUCCUGUCCAUCCGCGUGUGCCGCGACGUAACCACCCGUCGUUCGCUGGGCUACGCCUAUGUCAACUUCCAGCAGCCCGCCGACGCGGAGCGGGCACUGGACACAAUGAACUUUGAAAUGAUCAAAGGCCAGCCCAUCCGCAUCAUGUGGUCCCAGCGAGACCCAGGACUUCGCAAGUCGGGUGUGGGCAACAUCUUCAUCAAGAACCUGGAGGAGUCCAUUGACAACAAGGCCUUAUAUGACACCUUCUCCACCUUCGGGAGCAUCCUUUCUUGCAAGGUGGUGUGUGAUGAUCAUGGCUCCCGAGGCUUUGGCUUUGUCCAUUUUGAGACCCGGGAGGCCGCGCAGAAGGCCAUCAGCACCAUGAACGGAAUGCUGUUGAAUGACCGCAAAGUCUUCGUUGGCCACUUCAAGUCCCGACAGGAGCGGGAGGCUGAGCUGGGGGCUCGGGCCAUGGAGUUCACCAACAUCUACGUGAAGAACCUCCAAGUGGAUUUGGACGAGCAGGGCCUGGGGGAGCUCUUCUCCCAGUUUGGGAAGAUGCUGAGUGUGAAGGUGAUGAAGGACGAUAGCGGUCACUCCCGAGGCUUUGGCUUUGUCAACUUUGAGAAGCAUGAGGAAGCCCAGAAGGCUGUGACGGACAUGAACGGGAAGGAGGUGAGCGGGCAGCUGCUCUUCGUGGGCCGGGCCCAGAAGCGGGCGGAGCGGCAGAAUGAGCUGAAGCGAAGGUUCGAGCAGAUGAAGCAGGACCGGCUGAACCGUUACCAGGGUGUGAACCUGUACGUGAAGAACCUGGAUGACUCCAUCGAUAAUGAGAAACUGAGGAAAGAGUUCUCUCCCUACGGAGUGAUCACCAGCGCCAAGGUGAUGACAGAGGGUGGCCACAGCAAAGGGUUUGGCUUUGUGUGUUUUUCCUCUCCAGAGGAGGCAACGAAGGCCGUGACAGAGAUGAACGGGUGCAUCCUGGGCACCAAGCCGCUGUAUGUGGCGCUGGCCCAGCGCAAGGAGGAGCGGAAGGCCAUCUUGACCAACCAGUACAUGCAGCAGCGCCUCUCUGCACGGACCCUGGGCGGCCCCCUCCUGGGCUCCUUCCAGCAGCCCGCCAGCUACUUCCUGCCCCAGCCUCCUGCCCAGCCCGGGUACUUUGGCUCGGGCCUGCCUGCGCAGCCUGCCCCCAGGUGGGUGGCCCAGCCACCGAGAUCCUCCCCCACCCGCCCUCCAGCUGCCUCAAUGGUCCGGCCGCCAGCCAUGUCUCGGUGCCCCCCGGCCUGCAGCAGCAGUGUCGGGAAGACCUCCACCCAGGCGCCCCACACCCAGAGAGUGGCCAACAUGGGUACCCAGACCACUGGGCCCGGUGAGGCAGGAUGCUCUACGCUACACAGGUCUCUCCUGACACGCACAUACUUCUUGGGAACACCCCACACACACAGGGUCCAGGAGCCUCCUGUGUGCCUCCCUGGACAGGAGCCGCUGACCGCGUCCAUGCUGGCCGCGGCACCGCCGCACAGACAGAAGCAGAUGAUCGGUGAGCGUCUCUACCCCCUCAUCUGCGACGUCCACACCCAGCUGGCUGGCAAGAUCACAGGCAUGCUGCUGGAGAUCGACAACUCGGAGCUGCUGCUCAUGCUGGAGUCUCCUGAGUCCCUCAGUGCCAAGGUCGAAGAGGCUUUGGCAGUGCUGCAGGCUCACCAGGCCACGGAGCAGACGAAAGGGAACGUGACCGAAACCAGGUGGGUGGGUGAGGGUGUGAGGAGUGGGGGGAGAAGUAGCUGA